AUGGGGUCCAGUGUGGAGGGGGGAACGCCCACAUCCAGCAGGACAGAAGCUGAUGGACCGUUGCAUGGAAGCUGUGUGAGGCUUCCUGUGGCCGGGCAUCGAUCCAGAUCUGCAGCUGAAGGAGGAAAAGAGCCCCAGAUGGGUUCAGCUGCAGGGGGGACCACACACUGUUCACCUGUGGACCACACAACCCUGUUCACCUGUAACCUGGGGACCACCCACACUGUUCACCUGAGGACCACACACACCUGUCACCUGUACACUGGGGACACCACCCACACUGUUCACCUGGGGACCACACACACCAGUUCACCUGUCACCUGGGGACCACACACAGUUCACCUGGGGACAAAACACACCUAUUCACCUGGGGACCACACACACCUGUUCCAGCUGGUCACAUGGGACCACCACACACUGUUCACCUGGGACCACCACCCCUGUACACCUGGGGACCCACACACCAGUUCACCUGGGGACCACCACACCUGUUUACCUGGGACCACACACACCUGUUCACCUGGGUCACAUGGGACCACACACACUGUUCACCUGGGGACAACCACACCCUGUUCUCCUAGCGACCACACACACCUGUUCAGCUGGUCACAUGGGGACCAACACACUGUUCACCUGAGGACCACACACACCUGUUCACCUGUGUUUCCAGGUCUUCAGGUGUGUUUCCAGGUCGGGGUCAGGGUUGGCUUUGUUCAUCCUGCGUUUAGCUGCUGUGGGCUGUUUUUACAUCCGAAAGCAGCCACUGAUAAACCCAUUAAGGAGCGGGUCUUUUGUGCGACGGCUGAUCCCGUUUCAACAAAGGUCUUUCUUCACCACAUAAGCGGUGAAAGAAAUCAGGCUUCUCAUUUCCCUGACAGUCGGGACUCAGGCGGGAUAAUCGAAUUCCCCAACGCCGACAGCACAGAGGCUUUUCAGAGCCGAGACCGGCUCGGAUUCAGCCUGGUGUCGAGCAUCAGGCCCGUUUGUGUCGGUAGAAAACUUACUGUACCCAUUCUGCCACUUCAGCACUGUCCUAAAUGCACCCAGGGAUCCCAGUUCCCCAUAGAACACAGUUCACCACUGUGCAUCAGUCAAACAGGGGUCUGGGGUCUGGGGUUCAGGGUGCGAGGUCCAGGGUAUGUGGUCUGGGGUCUCUGGGGUCUGGGGUUCUGGGGGUCCGGGGCCGACCACUGGCGCCGUUCAGCUGAUGCGAAGCCUAAAUCAGUCAACGAUGGUUUCCUGUUUUUCAGAGUGAUCGACCUGGGUGUGAUGGUUCCAUGUGACCAGAUCCUCAGAGAAGCUAUUGCACAGAAAGCAGACAUCAUCGGCCUGUCGGGGCUCAUCACGCCGUCUCUGGAUGAGAUGAUCUACGUGGCCAAAGAGAUGGAGAGGCUGGGAAUGAACACUCCUCUGCUGAUCGGAGGAGCCACCACGUCCAAGACCCACACGGCGGUGAAAAUUGCCCCUCGCUACACUUCUCCUGUUGUUCACGUCCUGGACGCCUCCAGGAGCGUCGUGGUGUGUUCUCAGCUCCUGGACGACGUCAUGAAGGACGAGUACUUCGAGGAUCUGAAGGAGGAGUACGAGGAGGUCAGGCAGGACCACUACGACUCCCUGAAGGAUCGUCGGUAUCUGACUCUAUCCCAGGCCAGAGAGAAGGCUUUACACAUCGACUGGAUCUCUGAACCCAAACCAGUGCGUCCUCAGUUCAUGGGAACCCGUGUGUUCGAGUGUUACGACCUCAACAGCCUCCUGGACUUCAUCGACUGGAAGCCUUUCUUCGACGUGUGGCAGCUACGAGGAAAAUACCCCAACAGAGGAUACCCCAAGAUCUUCAAGGACAAAACAGUCGGUCUGCAGGCUCGGCAGGUUUUUGACGACGCACAGAGACUGCUCAACAGAAUGAUUGACAGCUCAAGUCUGAAGGGGCGGGGCUUGGUGGGGUUCUGGCGGGCCCAGAGCGACGGCGACGACAUCAACGUGUACAAAGACGACGUCCGAGUGAACAGAGACUCUAAGCCUGUAGCUGUGUUCCACGGCCUGAGGCAACAGGCGGAGAAGGACAGCGCCAGCUCCGAGCCCUACCUGUGCGUGUCGGACUUCGUGGCUCCGGUCAACAGUGGCGUGGCGGACUAUGUCGGUGUAUUUGCAGUCGGGGUGUUCGGAGCGGAGGAGCUCAGUCAGCGGUUCCAGGAUCAGGGAGACGACUACAACAGCAUUAUGGUCAAAGCCCUGGCAGACCGGCUGGCAGAGGCCUUCGCUGAGGAGCUCCAUGCCCGGGUCCGAAAGGAGCUGUGGGGUUACAGUGCUGACGAAGCCCUGCAGACUUUAGACCUGCACCGGGUUCGGUACCAAGGCAUCAGACCAGCGGCCGGGUACCCCAGCCAACCCGACCACACGGAGAAGACCACCAUGUGGAGCCUGGCCGGGAUCCAGGAGAAGACCGGUAUCGCUCUGACUGAGUCUCUGGCCAUGACGCCGGCUGCCUCGGUGUCUGGACUUUACUUCUCCAACCUCACCUCCUACUUCGCCGUU